AUGUGUGAAAAGUGUGUGGAAAUCCAUUUACAGAAAAUAUUGGAGAGCUCUCGACGCUCGUUCUUUAAGGCAGGAAAAGUGCUGCUGGAACUUCCUACUGCCAGUUUGUGUGAUAGACUGAGUUUCGUGCAAAGGCGUCGCUAUAAACGACUAUUCGUGUACCCGGCCCCAACCGCAAAAUCCAGCACGAAAUUUACGAUCCUGGUACGAAUUUUGAGACUCAUAGUAGACAAUUUCUGUGUAGGCAAGAAGGCCACUGUCCGCGACAUCUUUUACCAGGAUGUCAAUCUGUUCCGCACCCAAAAAAGCGUUGUCGCCGCAAUUGAUCAAAUAUGCCGAACUUUGCACGUUCCUCGACGUCUUUUAGGGAUAAUCCCGUCCCCCAAUGGAUUGAUUGCUGGAGACUUGACUGUGGUGUUCAGUUCGGGGGCAGUGGUGGAGAUUGAUCGAAUCAACAGCCCACACAUUAUACCUGUAGGAUCACAGGUGUUUCACAUUUCUGUCAAAAAGCAGCCAAAAUUUAUCUUGGUUAUUGAGAAGGAAGCGGUUUUCUCGCACCUUUGUAAAGAGCUGCCUGAGGCACUGCUGGUGACAGGCAGAGGCUUCCCAGACCACUAUACCCGACUAUUUCUCAAGGCACUGGUGGACGCAAUGCCCAGUGUGCCCGUCUAUGGAUUAGUAGAUGCAGAUGUACAUGGGAUUCUUAUUAUGAAGACAUACUCAUUAGGGUCGGACACAAUGGUUGAAGAACAGCUACCCAUCCCUCAAUUGCAAUAUCUUGGAGUUAGUUUAAUGGACUAUGAACAAGGAGUUGUCAAUUCCACGUGGCGUGAUAAAAAGCUCGCAAUGUCAACAUUGAAAAAGGCUUGGAUCAAACACGAUAAAUAUACCAAAUGGAGAGUUGAACUACAACGGGGGUUGUUUUUCGGCAAAAAAGCGGAAAUGAACGUUUUGGACGCAAAACAUUUACAGGCACUGGCGAGAUAUGUGAGAUUGAAGGUCAAACCCAUGGAAUUGAAGCCUGAAUCAAAGAUACCUCACAAGGUCUAA